AUGUCUGGCAUUGAAACAGCUUAUCAGUCCUUCCCCACCCUUUGCGGGCUUCUGUACCUGACGGCCAAACCCAUUCCAGGAUGGACAGCAUCGAUCGAGGGUCAAGGUUACGAAAUGGAGAAAGUAUUUGAUCUCAUGGGCAGCCACGAAGGCCUCAAAUCGUUGCAGCGUUUCCGGCUCAGCGCGUCGAUGACUGCGUAUCCCCAGGACUAUCAGACUUUGAAAUCGAUGCUCGCUACCGAGAAAGACAAAGAGAAGGUCUACACCCAGCUUCUCUCUUCGCCUGUCUUUGCCAACAACUUCUUCAUACACCCGGAUGUCUUGCAAGAGUCCAGCUUUUACACACUCCCCAAAAUCCAAGAGUCCAUGCAGUACCUGCUGACGUACUUCCCAGGGUACGAAGAUUACUGGCUCAACCUCGUCAAGACGGAAGGAUUCAUCAAGGCUGACAAACUGCUUGGGCUCCCAAAAGACACAUCAAUCACCAUGAUGAUGUCAAAUCGGGCGUACACGGAUGACUACUUGAGCACGGUGAAGGCGGUCACGGCGCGGAGUGAAACCUACUACAGUGCUGAACCCUUCAUCAAGCGGCUGGAGUUCCAAAAAACGUUUCGCGAAAAGGCCCAAGAAGGGUUGUCCAGAGCAGAAGUAUCCACCGAAAUGAAGAAGCUCAAACCCUUCACUGACUUGACGAUGGACGUCAAGCUACCCGCCUGGUAUCGAGGGAUGCACCGAGCAGGACAGGUGCUUUGUGCCGAGUCGUACUCUGGUGGCGAGGAUGCCACUUGGCAAAGUCGAAAAUACAAGGAGAAGCUUGAGAAGAAGCUGAAGGCGAUCGAAGAAGACAACCUCCGCCGCGGUCUUCCGCUCGAGCCCGAGAUUGAGAAACUCUGGGCUGAUCGCCACCAACAAUCGGACGGUGGGUCGGCAUCCACCGCCUCCGACCCGAUGGCACCGAGUGGCACGAGCGGUCCGAAAUGGCAGCUGCCGCAAAACACUGCGUACACAUCCCUUCUACCGGAAGUGGACGCGUCACGAGUCGACAUGGAGGCAGUCGACCUGGACGAGCUCCUGUAUACUUACGGUCUGGUGCCCGAGGGAACUGGUGUCGAGCCAAGUGGACCAAGCGCGUACCCGGAGGCGCCGGGUGCCCCGCUGAAUGCGGACAUGAAUCUCGAGGAAUACGUUCCGUUGGGGCCUGGCCCUGCAUUCGACCCGCGGUACAGGGGCUUACAAUGCCUGAAGCCUCCCGGUUCCGUCUCGGAGGCGAAGAGGGUGGCCGAGUGCUUAUUGCUCUGCGCUGGGCUAGGCCCCCUCCUGGCCGCCCCUCGUGAUAGUCGUUAUGGAUCGUGCCGUAUGGUCUUGACAGCUCGCAGCGCUUGGGCUGGGGUCCUGGAGAACGAGAGAUCUUUCGGAGAACGCACAAGGUUUCAGACUAACCGUCAUUUGCUCGCACCUCCUGCGCCUAUCCUUGCCUCACCCAUCCCAAAUACGUCCCCCUCUCCCUCGCCUUGCCGCCUACUCCACCCAGUUGCCAUACCCCUCGCAGCCAUCCCCCCUCCGCCCGACCGCACCGGCGAGCUCAUAGGCGACAACGAUGUCGGUUUAAGUGCCGAGCCAAACGACAGUGGCUUGAGGCAUGGCGGGUGUGAGGAUGAGUGGGAGGGGAGAGUGAGGGAUGCAGGUAGUUAUAGCGAGACUGAGGAGAGAGAGGGAGAAGUUUCGAUCGGGCCAUAUGACGAAACUUUCCGCCGAUCCCUUUCUUCCCCACUUUGGCCGUGCCUGGAUUGA